AUGGCAGAUCGGCCCCAGCGCCGCCUCCACCGCCCUCCUCCGGGGCUGGCAGGGCUGAGAGCAGCCUCCUCCCCCCAGACGGACAGACUGAAGCUCCAGCAUCAAGUGGAGCGCACUGUGGGUGCAGAGUACCUGGCGCUCCGAAGCCGCAGGGCGAAGGGGUGGCGGCCAGAGCCGGUCCCAACGACGCCCCUGCAGACCCCCAGCCUGCAGCUGCGGGCAGGACCAGGAGCUCGUCCCACGGCGAGCCUGGACGCGGAGGGCGGAGCCCGAGGCACUCCGGCAGGGUCCCUUGGGGGCGGGGCGGGCGGCGGCCCGGGCUCCUCCCUCCUGAGCCCCGAACGCCUCUUAUCUCAACCCGCCUGCGGGGCGACCGGGUCACCCGGCUCCGCCGAGCAAGCGAGUGGUCAGCGCGGAGCCGGAGCCUCGCGCGUCCUGUCCCGACACAUAAGCCAGCAUGCCGCCAUGGACGGCAGUACUCUGCCCAGCGGCUUCGCUGUCUUCACCACCUUCCCCGAACUGCUUUUCAUCUUCGAGCUUGUCUUUGGGGGCCUUGUGUGGAUGCUGAUCACCUCAUCCCAGCUGCCUAACCCCCUGCUCCAGGGCUGGGUGACGUUCGUGUCUGUGUUCUGCUUCAUAGGCACUGGUGUUCUGCUCUUCCUGUACCUAACUGGUGCCCAUGGCGGUGAGACUUCCUGGGUCUCCCUGGAGUCAGCCUACCACACUGUUGCAGUCCUGCUUUACUCUAUCGCCUCAAUCCUGGAAAUUCUGGCCACCAUCUAUAUGCAAGACGGCUUCACGUACGAACAUUACCUUGAAAACAUCUCUGCUGUGGUGUUUUCGUGCAUAACCAGUCUGCUGUACAUGGCCCAUGUGGUGUUUGUUUAAUAAGAUGAACAUUUUCAGAACUUUAAAGCUGAAGAAGUUUAGCUGAAAACUCGUGGUGUUAACUGAUCAACCGCCUCCCAGCAUAACUUUUUAGAAUGAAGAAAUGCUCUUGACAGUGGAAAAAGGAAACCAAAGGAAGAGCAACACUGUGUGUCUUGUGGGUGUUUGUUUACUCUCCCAUGUCCCUCCUGUCGGGGUUGGGACUUGCUGUCUUUAGCCUCCAACUAGUGAGCCGUCUUUCACGGUCAUCUCCUAUUUUUGAAAGGGGGCAGUGGGGUGGAGUUUGGGGUCUGAAUGUGAGAGACUGAGAAACAAAGAUCCCCUGCUGAGCCCUGGACCGGAUCCUGAGAACUCUCUACUGGAGUCUUCCACAGGCUGUUUUGAGCCCCCAUCUCAUGACGUGUUUCUAAGUCUUCAUGGAGAUUCUACCUGUCAUGGGGAUGCAGCUCGUCCAACAAGUAUUUGCAGAUGUCCACGGGGGAAAAUGAUAAACCUUUCAAAUACCUUAUAA